AUUUUUCAUAGCUUUCUUAAUUGGCUCAUAUCUUUUUCGUUUUAACUCGGGUUUUUUUUUGCACAGAUGGAACGAGUUCGUUGUGCUCUACAAAAUGAGAUCAAUUUUCAAUAUUUUUUGAGAAAAAAAUUUCUUACCUCUCGAUACCAACUGCAUACCAUAUGCUAUCUUCUUCGUUUUUAAUUCGUUUUUGAAAACGUUUGCACAGAAGGAACGAGUUCAUCAUGAUUUAUUGGAUCUACAAAUUUCUUGGUGAACAAAUUACAGGACCAAAAAAUACAACACAAUACCACCCUGGGACGGGGUGGUAUCUUGUGGUACACAUUGUUAAAAGUAGUAAAUGACAGUUAAUAUACUUCUACUAUCAUGUAUUCAAGCAUCCUACAGACUUGGUUUGUUCAUACCACCAUGGUACGCUUUUCAAACCAUAUGUAUGCUCUUAUUUCAAUACCAGUCAAUACCAUAUGGUAUAGACUCGUAAAAAAUGGCUCAGUUUUUUUUGUUCGAAAAAUAUAUCAAAGGGUAUAUCAUUUUGAAGAGCAUAACUAAUCUGAUCUAAAUGUGAAAAAAAUUAAAUUUCGACUUAAAACGAGUGAGAAAUCGUCCUUCAAAGAUUAAGGAGGGGAAAAUUAAAGGCUUUCCAGGAGAGAGAGGGAUGCUGAUGUGGACGGGUUACUCAUGGUUACUCACCAUAAGGUUACUGACUUGAUCCGUUCCCCGGCCUAAGUUCGGCGAUCGGCACCGUGAGUCGGCGAUGAGUGGAGGCUAUGGUGGUAAGCCGUCCGACGAUGGGUGCGGCUGCAGCGCCAGCGGGGGAUCCUUCCUCACCAAGCUCGCUAGGCUGGAGUUUCCUAUGUUUGCAGGAGGAGACCCAGGAUCGUGGUUUCCUUGUGUGGAGCAAUUUUUCGAAUACCAGGAAGUUUCGGAGGAUCAGAAGGUGUCGUUAGUUGCGUUUCAUCUAGAGGGAGAGGCGAACUAGUGGUGUCAAUGGCUGAAGCGGGCCUAUAAAGACAUCGGAGAGGCGAUUCCAUGGGGGUUGUUCUCGCAUGAGCUGUGGGCGAGGUUCGGUCCGACUAAAGGAGAGAGCUGCGAGUCAGAAGUAACUAACUCGACGUGUUGAACCGAACAACUCGCAACCCGAGUAUAGGGUAUAUGUUAUCGAGUAGAGUUAUGAUUGAAGUCACAACAAUUCUACUAAACUUGAUAAAUAAUCUUUGAUGAUUCGUUGUUUAGGGUAUAGAGUAUAUGGUUAGGGUAUAUGGUACACUACAAGAAAACUCGACUUUAGAAGCAGAGCUUAUUUGCUUCUAAAUGAUAUUUGGCAAAAUACAUCUCCAUAGCCAUAACUAUCUACUUUGUGACAACAAUAGCCAAAUUUUGAAAAAUAUCCAAACAUAGCCACACUUUUGAAACUAGUUUGACAAAUUAUGCCAUUUUUCGUUAAAAAAUUUAACACCAUUAGGAAUUUCGUCAGUAACAUAGAUGUUGUGUUGAUGUGGAUGCCACCUCAGAUUGCAUAUCAGCUCCAGCUAGACAAACAAUACUAUCUAGGUGCCACGUAAUAUUUUAAUGGAAAAUCUUAUAAUUUUUCUCCCUAGCCACCGCCCAACGCUGGAGCCUAGAACCAAACAUGUUCAUCUAGGGUUUAGAGAAUUCGAUAGAUCUCCUUCACCACAACUGCCGCUGACAAAUAUAAUCCAUCACAUCAUUUUCUUCCUCUCCCACUGUUGUCGGCUUUUCUGACCAACCUCAUCUUCUUCAUUGAGAACAUAGAUAGAAAGAAAGGGGGAAAAGCAGAACCUUUUAUUUUUCCUCUAACAAAUCGCCCUUGACCACCGAUCUUCCUUCUCCCUCUCUAGCCUUCGCCUUUUCUCCACUCAAUUUACCCUUUUCCUCACACACAAAUACCUUUCUUUGGUUGAAUUGCAGAUCGAGACUUGAGGGAAAAUGAUAUUGAGGUUUGCUGGCAAGAGCAGCGGGCGAGAGAAUCAAACCCUUGUUGCCGCUCUGCUCUAUUCCUCCUCCUCCUUCGAGUUCGCCGCCGAUGAUGGCGGGGAGGACGAAACGAGAAAGGGAAAACAGGGGAUGGGGAGGGUUUUACGAGGAAGAUAAAGGAAUUGGUUUGGCAUGUUGGGUCCUGCUUGAACUUGCAAUCUCAAUACAAGGACCUACACCUUUAUAUUUUGAUAACUAGCUGCCUUGCAUAUUGCUACUAAUCUUUUCUUUCAUGAAUACACUAACAUGUAGAUAUGGAUUGUUACUUUGUUCAUGAGAAGGUGGUGUUUUUUUAAUUGUGGCACAUAAGAUCUCUUUCAAUGAACAACUCGCAUACUUAUUUACAAAUGGCUUGGAGUGCAGCAAGUCACCUACCCACUUUCAAGUUUGACCUUCAUUAUAUUCAUUCCUCCACUUAAGGAGAAGUAUUGAGACCCCUUCGCGUUUCGUGGGAGGGGCUAGGGUGUUAACACUUUUUUAUUAGUAUGGUGCUAACACUAGCUCCAGUUAAUCAUAACAUUUCGUUUGGAUGACUUUUCCAUUUAAAUGAGUUGACCACAAUUAACGAGGGGGAGGGGGAGGGGGAAUGAGGAGCACACUUGGUAUUAUGAAAAAUUGGGAACAGAGAGGAAGGAAAUAAGGGGGACCACGUCAAGAGAUGGCAACAAGUCGGGUCGGGGGCGGAUAGUGCAUAUUCGUUACCCUACCCAAAGUAGUUCUGAUUUUACCCGUAUAAGACUCAGGUAGAAAUUUAAAACCAUGCCAUACCCGUUCGGGUUUCGGGUAUCCAUGGGUAAUAAUUUAUCUUUAUAACUCCAACCAACAUGUUCACAUUCACACGUAUACUCGCAUUACAGAAGAUAAAAAGUACGACAAUAAAUCACUAGAAUGAAAAAAUUUAAUUAAAAACAACACAAUUUCAUGAAAACAUCAUAUUUGUAUGCUAAAUAUAAAGUAUGUUGUGAAAAGUAAUAAUCAUCUCUAGACAAAAUACAUAUGCAUGCGUAUAAUCGGGCGAGUUCGGGUUGGAUAGUGAGAAAACCAUACCCACCCAUUAGCCACAAUAUUCAGGUUCGGGUUUUACCCGUACCCACCAAAAAUCCAUCGGGUUCGGGUUUUACCCUACCCGAUUAAGAGGGAUUCGUGCGGGUUUCCACGAUUUUAGAUAUUUUUGCCAUCCUACCACGAACCAUGCCACAACCUACUCCAAGUAUGCCACAACCUCAAAGCAUGCCAGAACCACAAAGCAUGUCACAACCUCAAAGCUUGUCACAACUUCCUCAAGCAUGCCACAACCUCAAAGCAUACCACAAUCACAAAACAUGCCACAAUUUUAUAAAGCAUGCCACAAGUAGUGGACAUGUUUGUAAAUUAGAAAAAUUUUAAGUACCAAAAUGUAAUUGGAAAAUUUUUAGGUACUAAAAUGUAAUUUUUCAUCGAUCUUUUUAGUACUCGAAUGUAAAAAAAUUAGGUACUAAAUAUGAAUACCAAUUAAGUUCAGGUACCAAAACUGUAAUGUGUAAAUAGAACCUAGAAAAGUUACGUAAAUGAAAGGGGAGGAGAAGGGGAAGAGGAAGAGAGAAGGGGGAAAAUACUAUAAUACCCUUUAAUGAAUGUGUUAGUAUGGUGCUAACAUCUAUCCAAUUCCCGUUUCGUGUGGUGCAUGCUGUCUUUAUUUGUUUUCUCUUGUUUUAGGUAAGUCAUGUAAUUUUGUCCUGAAUUAUGUUUGUGCCAACUAGCUCAGGACACGAACAAUUAUAUUUGUUGUGUGGGUCGACUCGUCAUUCGUUCGUCUGAUCUCGUCGGGAGGGAAGAAACCUGUGAAAAAGACCGGGGAUGCCCCCGGAUUGAGCUCCAACGAUCAAGUCAGUGUAUGUUUGUGGAGAGAGUUGAGAGAAUAAGGUAGAGAGAUAAAGUGUAGAGAGAUGGUCAAAAGUAGAAAGUGAGGAGAGAGCCAAAAAAAGUCCCCUUCCUUGGUGGGUUUCAUACCUUUAUAUACUCGUAGCGGGUUUAGAGCGCCAUACGUUGUCGAUUGGACGCGGUAUUACUUAGUCUCUGCGAGGAGUCCCUUAGCAAUACCCCAACAAAUUAUGUGAUUUUUCAAUGCUCUGCGUUUACUCCUAACUCGAAGUGGCUUGUGAAAGGGUUUAGAAGGUAUAAGUAGAAUGAGUUGCGGCUGGUAGCAGUGUGUGAAUGAAUACAUUAAUAAGAUAUAACUGAGAACCCCUGUGAGUUUUUUUUUAAGAGUAGUCUCGUUCGUGUACUUACCACCCAAUGUUCAUGAAAGAGGGAAAAAAUGGGGAGUGAAAGAAAAUUUUAGAAAGAGUGAAAAUUUGAGGUAAUGAAAUAGUGAAAAGAAAAUGGUGAUCAAUUUUGAAGAUAAAAAAAAAAUACAAUAAGAGUGAAUGGUGUUUUCACCUCAAAUUGAAUAUGCAUUUGCUAUAAUGGAUUUCCUCCCCAAAUUAUCACCUCCUCGACGGUGAAAAAUAUUAUGAAUAAGGAAAAAGUGUUGAAUCCUUCCAGUUUUCCCUAUCACUCUAAAUCACUUCUUCGGUUGCUUCCAACAAGCUCUGGAUCUCACGCCUCAAGUUGGCAAUUAAACGAGUGGAUGGAAAACUUUAACCAAUACACUCGGGAAAAUAGAAGUUCCUUGUUGUAUGCGGAAACUUCCUUAUUCUUGUCAUACCCUAGUUGAAUGUAGAAAAGGGUAUAUAUUAUAAAGGAUGUUUCAUUGCUAUUUUUAAUUUUAGUUUCAAAUAAUAUCAUUUUAUAUUGCUAAUUAAUAAUCUGAACACUACUGAUUUUUCAACAAUAAUAAUAUUUUGAUUAUAUAAAUCAAAUACAUGAAUCGUUUACAUGGUUCUUCAAACUGAAUACAUCUAAUAAAACCGAAUAGAUUGAUUUUGUUUACAUUUUGAAUGCUAAUUUAAACAAAAAAAAAAAAAAACACAGCACUAAAAAUGUAUUCUUAACAAUGGAGGACUAUUGAACUCUUCCUCUCCCUCAUCAUCACUUUUCAAUUGUUUGUUAUUUCCACUGACCAUCACCAAUAUCGCGAGCAAAGGUGGGAAAUAAUCAACAUCAUAAAACAAAAUUAAUUUAUUCGAUCAAAUUAUUGACAAUCACAAGAGUAAAUAAUGAAUUUUCAACCAACAUUAUAAACCCAAAAUGCUAUAUUGUAAAAGGAGGUUUUAAUCCGUCCCUAUCGAGGCAGCCGCACGAGGACUCGUGGAUCUGAAUGGUGAAUCCGGUGGUGGUCACAAUGGAGAGCCCACGAUUGGCGCAUUAAGGGUCAGAUGGUACACGAAUAGAUAUGGAUUUGCAAGAAGAGGGACAAGAGGUUGGUUUUGUUUGCCAGUUGAUUCGAUGACGAGGAAAUGGUGGAGGGAGGAGAAGACACGGCAGUGGUUGUCGAUCUAUUCUCAAAUUGUUGGACUAUAUUGUAAACUAACUCUUUAAGGCUUUUUCAGAUAGCGAUUGGGCUGGCUGUCCGGAUUCACAGAGUUCAACAACAGGUUUCUGUGUGUUUUUAGGUAACUCAUUGAUUUCUUUGCGUUCCAAGAAGCAGAAAACCAUCUUUCGAUCCUCAACUGAGGCCGAAUACAAAGAAAUGGCAUUUCUGACCUGUGAGGUUCAAUGCUUACAUUUUGUUUUUGCAUCUUUAGGUGUUCCUAUCACGCCACCUAGUAUUAUGUAUUCUAAUAGUCGAUCAGCUAUUCGGAUAGCUGAAAACCCAGUAGCACAUGAACGUACUAAGCAUAUAGAGUUAGAUUGUAAUUUAACGCUUGAUAAGAUAGCUUCUGGUUUGAUCAAAGUAUUGCACAUCUUUACUUCUAACCAACUAUUCGGAUAGCUGAAAACCCAGUAGCACAUGAACGUACUAAGCAUAUAGAGUUAGAUUGUAAUUUAACGCUUGAUAAGAUAGCUUCUGGUUUGAUCAAAGUAUUGCACAUCUUUACUUCUAACCAACUAUUCGGAUAGCUGAAAACCCAGUAGCACAUGAACGUACUAAGCAUAUAGAGUUAGAUUGUAAUUUAACGCUUGAUAAGAUAGCUUCUGGUUUGAUCAAAGUAUUGCACAUCUUUACUUCUAACCAAGUUGCUGAUCUGUUUACAAAGUCUUUGCCUACUGCAGUUUUUUUCUGUUUUGUAGGCCAAGCUGGGCAGUCUUGACAUCCAUUGUCACGAGACACAUAAUUGAAGAAUUCUUGUCUCGUAACCUCCUUGCGAUAAAACUAACAAACUACGAUAAAACGAUAUAAAUUGCUAUAAAACAAAAGCAAUAAACUAGUUUUGGGUUCCAAUCUUCUUCAUACUAUUAAACGAAUAAGACAUUAGAUAUUUAUAGGUACAAAAUCCUCUCCUUCUUCCUUAUGGUUUCGGUACACUCAUCCCUAUUCCUACCCAUAGUAUGUAACCUUCUCCUACAAGGACACCACAACCAAAUCCAAAACAAAUAACAAAAGGCAAUGGGUUAAUACCUUAUUUUGGCCUGAACUAUAAUCAUAUAAUCAACUUUGGCAUGUGGUUUCAAAAAUUAACAUCCUGGCCUCAACUAUACAGCAUAUUGACUCAAUUGGCCUGACACAUGGUUUGACCGUCAAUUUGGACAGUCAAAACCGUUGACCGUCAAUUUGGACGGUCAAAACCAUUAACCGUUAGUCAACACACAUGUCAUUGCCUCGUCAGCAUAACAAUCAUUAAAAAUAUUUAAAUUCAAAUUAUUUUACUAAUUUAUAUUAUUUAUAAUUAUCAAAUUAACCAAAAAAUUAAAAUUAUAAAAAUAUAAAAUAGAUUUAAUAUUUUUUUUGGGUAAUUUGAAAAUGAUAAAUUUUACCAAUUAACCAAAAAUUAUAAAAUUAUUUAAUUUUAUUUUUUAGUUAAUCUGAAAAUGAUAAAUAAUAAAAAUUAGAAAAAUAAUUUUAAUUUGAAUUUUUGAAUAAUUUUUAGGAUGACGAGGCAAUGACAUGGCGCGCUGACUAAUGGUCAACGGUGUUGACCGUCCAAAUUAACGGUCAAACCAUGUGUCAGGCCAAUUGAGUUUAUAUGCUGCAUAGUUGAGGCCAAGAUGUUAAUUUCUGAAACCACGGGCCAAAGUUGAUUAUAUGGUCAUAUUUCGGGCCAAAAUAAGGUAUUAGCCCAAAGGCAAUAACAAUCCUACUAAGACUAGGAAACAAUGACAAUAAUAUCCCAAUUAAUAACUAAACACUUAAUAAAUAAUAAACUUCUAAAAUAGAUGAGCCCAGAAACUGCCCGAAUUAUUACGAUAGCUCGUCUCGUAACAUUCAUGCUCCAGCUUGAGGGGGGUGUUGGACUAUAUUGUAAACUAGCAUUAGUUCAAGGACCAUUUGUAAUAUUUGUUUAUCUUUGUAUAUUGUUUUGUUUUUUUGUUAGAUGGAACUAUUUUAUAUAUAUAUAUUUUGUAACUCUGAACCAUGUAAACUUACUGUUUUGAUGAUAUAACACAAGUAGACACUUUCUCUCAUCACAAAUGAAAAUUAUAACUACACCCACCUUCAAGAUGUAGAUCUAUUCAUGCCAUCGUGCUGGUCGAACGUCAUUGUUACCAUGUACGCCUUGCCAUCGCUUAAAGUAGUCCUUUGCUCCAACCUCGCCGUCGUUUCCAAUGGCAAGUAGUGGCAAAUGGAUUGGAUUGGUGGAUUCAUGGAUCAAAUGGAUUGGAUCAAGUGAAUUGUUGGAUUAUCCUUAAAUCCAAAUGACAUCAUCAACCAAGGACCAAUAUGUCAAAUGUAAAAAUUUUAGGUACUAAAAUGUCAUAAUGAAAAAUUUUAGGUACCAAAACGUAAUUUUCCAAUGAUAUUUUUGUAUAAAAAAUUAAAUUUUAGGUACCAAAAUGUAAAUAUAAAAAUUAUAGGUACUAAACUAAAAUUUCCAAUGAUCAAUGGAUCUAAUCUAUGAAUCGACCAAUCCAAUUGGAUUUGGAUCAAAUAAAUUGGAGUUAAAUUUAUUGGAUUAGUUGGAUAUUUUUAAUAAAUUGGUGGAUUGGAUGGACGGUUCUGUAGAGAUGGAAGAAAAAGAAAGAGAAAAAUAUAUGGAGGAGAAGAUGGAUAGUCGAUCGGCUCUCGGUUGAGAUUCUAAAACUAAUUAGGGUUGUGGUUAAAGUUUUUCAUAUUUGUUAUACCAUCCUCUACCAUUAUGGAACUAGCUUUCAAAAAUUAUAUUCCCAAUUAUUUUUAAAAAUAAUUCAAUUUCACUGACAAAAAGGUAUUUAUCUAAAAAAACUAUUAAAAUGGUCUUUAUAUAACAAAAAUGUUUAGAGACAAUUAAAAAUGCUUCAGUAAAUGCUUUGUUAAAAUGACUAGUAUACUUUAUAGGAGCAAAUGUUAUAAUCAUCUCUAAAACUUUUAGUUUAAUUUUAUCACGUAAAAAUGAAAGAAAAUAUUAAGAUAAAG